GUCAGCUCAAACAUGUUGGAACGAUUGUUGUUUACCAUCUUGGAAUGAUUCUUAUUAACACGUAUAGACUCGUGGUGUCUAUAUAGGUAUUCGUUCUUAUUUCAUGUCACAGUAAAUACUUAUGUUUUGUUGGAAUAACUUCUUAAAUAUUUUAGACAACUAUACUCUCAAUUUUUUUUAUAGUACUUAACUAUGAUUGUGUUUAUAUUAAUUAUCCUAUGUGUUAUUCUGUAUUAUUUAAAAUUUCGAUAUUUCCGGAAGCAUUUAUAUGAGCUGUCGAACCGGCUACCUGCCGUUGGAUCUUUGCCGAUUGUGGGACACACACAUUGGGCUAUUGGAGGACCCGAAAAAAUUUUGCAAAAUAUUCAGAUACUGGGAAACGCUAUAGAAGCAAAAGGCGGUAUAAGUCCAUUAUGGGUUGGCCCCUUGCUUUAUGUUGUUGUAUCGAAUCCAGACGAUGUACAAAAACUACUAGAAACAUCUCUCGAAAAAGAGUCCUCAUACAGGUUUCUACGGACGUGGUUGGGAAACGGCCUUUUUGUAGCCCCAUUUAAUUUAUGGAAAAGACAAAGACGCGCUCUCGUGCCAAUAUUCGCUAAUCGUGUUAUAGAGGACUAUAUAGAAGUGUUCCAUAAUGAAGCAGUAACACUUGUGAAAAGACUAGAUGAGAACAUUGGAAAGCCAGAGUUUGAUGUAUUUAAACAUAUUACAUCUUGCACGUUGGAUAUUUCAUUUAUGACAGCAAUGGGCGAAAAAAUGGAUUUACAGCAUACCGCAGAUUCACCUUAUCUACGUGCGCGCAACUAUGUUAUGUCUAUCAUAAAUAUGCGUAUAUUCAAACCAUGGUUGCAAGUAGACGCGUUAUUUAACUUAACACCUUAUUCCAAAACACAACAAGAAAAUAUUUAUCUUACACGUAAAUUUACUGAGGAGGUUAUAGAAAAAAGAAGAACUAUGUAUCAAAAUGGUAAACAUAAGGAAGGUCGCAAGGAUCUACUGGAACUGUUGUUAAAUCAAGAAUUCAAUAAUAUGGAACUUCGCGAACAUUUGGAUGCAAUCACAAUCGCCGGCAAUGACACUACAGCGCUUGUUAUAUCUUACACGCUUCUCUUGCUGGGGAUACAUCAACACGAACAAGAAAUUGUCUACAAUGAAUUACAAGAAAUAUUUAGCAAUUCUGAGAGAAUUACGACAAAAGAUGAUCUAUACAAGAUGGACUAUUUAGAAAGAGUAAUAAAGGAAUCGAUGCGGUUAUAUACUGUAACACCAAUGAUUGCAAGAGAAACAACAAGCGAAUUAAAAUUGUCUACCUGCACGUUGCCAUCAGGUGUUGCUUGUAUUGUGCCUCUAUAUGCAAUGCACAGAUCCAAGAAACUGUGGGGUCCCGAUGCUGACCUCUUCAAUCCAGAUCGAUUCCUACCCGAAAAUAGUGUUGAUAGACAUCCUUGCGCAUAUAUACCCUUCAGUCAUGGGCUUAGGAACUGCAUAGGGAAAAAAUAUGGAAUGCUUGUAGCGAAAUGUAUCCUCGGAAAUGUGCUCAGAAAUUACAAGGUGACGGCAAAAGCCUGCGAUCGUCUGAAAAUGGAAAUACUGUUGAUUCCAGUUUCCGGACAUCUUAUACGAUUAGAAAAACGAACAUGAACUAUUUUUUUUAAAUGGUUUAAAUAUGUAUAUUUUGU